CUGUCCGCGGCUUCCGGGAGGGCCCGUGCCUCUCCUCGGCCGCCGUAGUUGAAUGGAAAAAACAAAACAAAACACGGUUUCCCGGCAACGAGAAAACACAACCUGAACCAUCAGCUCCAGCUCUGAGAGACCUGAGAGGUACAAUAGGCAGUUCCUCCCAAGGAGAUGUCGAUUCCAUUCUCCAACACCCACUACCGAAUUCCACAAGGAUUUGGGAAUCUUCUUGAAGGGCUCACACGCGAGAUUCUGAGGGAGCAACCGGACAAUAUACCAGCUUUUGCAGCAGCAUAUUUUGAGAAUCUUCUAGAGAAAAGAGAGAAAACCAACUUUGAUCCAGCAGAAUGGGCGACUAAGGUAGAUGACCGCUUCUAUAACAACCAUGCAUUCAAGGAGCAAGAACCACUGGAGAAAUGUGAGCCUGAAAAGGAAAAGUCUCAGACAUCUAUGGAAGAGGUGACAGCCUUAAAUGAAUCUUCUGAAAAAGACAAGGACAUGGAGGAAAAUGCUGCUAUCAAAAUCCAAGCAGCCUUCCGGGGACAUUUAGCCAGAGAGAAGGUAAAGAAAAUGAAAUCGAGUGAUCUUCAAGAAAAAACAGAGGAAAACGAGUGAGGAGGCUGGCUUUACACCCCAGAAAACACGAAAAAAUCCAAAUCCAUCAACCUUGUUGUGACUGUCUUAUUUUUCUUAAUAAGUGAGAUUUGAGGUAGUGAAAUAACAUUUGUUGCUGUUGUGAAAAUCUGUCGCGAGCAUGUGUUUAAUAAACAUGCCAUUGAACCCAUGCCUCUUGAAGACUUCUCUGAGAUCAUGAGUCUUACUUAUACUUCUCCCAGGUCUAUGUCUAGAGACCCUUGGAUUUAGAGUUACAAAGCUGGAGUAUCUGAGUUUUCAGAGAUCUCAGAGGCUGUGUGAUUCAACCAUUAUCUAAUGAAUAACUCCUCUCUAUCACAUCCCUGAAAAAUAGUCCUUUGGCUCCUCUUUCACUCCCAGUAGUAGAGAAUUCCACUGCUUUUCAAAGAUAGUCCAUUUAAUUUUUGAAUAACUCAAAUUAUUAGAAGAUAAGUUGAGUCAAAAAUCUGUCUCCCUGUAAGUU